AUGGACAGCAUCCACGGCAACGCCCAUGGCAGCAUCCCGGCAGGCAACCGUGCCCACAACCGCGCCCGCAGCCCCGCCCGCAGCCCCGCCCGCAGCCCCGCCCGCAGCCCCACAUACAGCCCCGCCCGCAGCCCCGCCCGCAGCCCCGCCCGCAGAACCGCCCGCAGCCCAGGAACCCCUAAAGGUAGUUACAGAAAGUGGUCCUGGAUAAACAACAGGAGACUGAAAGGCAGUGAAGAUGUAGACAAGGUCACAUCAGAGACCCUUGAACCUGUCAGGGAACCCAAUGAGGAGGGCUAUGUUCCUAAUGUAACUCGUGAAGAUGAUAGCGGUGAUGACAGCGACACCUCCAGCGGUUGUAGCCAAUAUAGCGGUUCCAGCAGUUCCAGCGGUUCAAGCAGCAGCUCCAGCAGUUCCAGUGAAUCAAGUAGCAGCUCCAGUGACUCUAGCAGAGUGACUGGGGUCAUACCAGAGGCGUACACUGAACCAUGUGUAUCUGCCAAGCCUGAGACCCGGUGCGUAGAGGAUGCAGCUGAGUCUUCUGAGACUGAGACUGUCUCCUCUGUAACCAAUUUCCCAUCUACAGCUGCCACAGAGUGUGCGAUGUCUACCGAUGUGCCUGGAUCUACAGCGGACCCUGAGUCUGUAUCUGCUGCAACCCAUGCACCAUAUACAAAUGCUGAGGUUGCUUAUUACACUGAGGCUGAGUCCGAUCCUGUGGCUAAAGACAAGCAGGUCGAUUCUGUGGAGACGAAUGCUCCAUCUGCAGCUGCCACAGAGUGUGCGAUGUCUACCGAUGUGCCUGGAUCUACAGCGGACCCAGAGUCUGUAUCUGCUGUGAUUGGUAUCAUAACCAGUUCCAUGUGUGAUACCUCAGAGGGGUUUGUAGCAGCUCCGGUUACCAACCCAUAUCAACAAGCGUGUAGCCAGAGCUCUCUGGACGAAGAAAUGCUGACUGAUGCCAAUUACACAAACGGUUUCGAAGACUGCAAGGUGUCUCACGUACAG